UUUGCCUAGGCUGUUUGUGACGAUACUGGUGUACUAUGGCCCCUUUUAAGACUUAUAAGUCGCUGGUCCAGCUGAAGCACAAAGAAGGGACCCUAUUUGAAGUGGUCGGAGACUCCAGCACGCUGCCCAAGUGGUUCUUUACCGAGCAUCUGGAUGAUCCAAAGACAGUGUAUGUGAAUCCUUGGCUCGUGGAAGCAAUGUUUGGCAAGGAUGGAGAGUACAUUCCACAUGUCGAGAGUAUGUCACGGACCUUGCUUAAAGUGACCCAUUGGCGUCCUGAAGAAGAUGCAGAGAUUUUGAUAUUCGGGCCUCCUCAUUACCAAGAAGACGUUUCCCAGAUGAUAUCCAACUUGGUCAACUAUUUCCGCCCGCGAAUGAGGCAAGAGAAGAACCUUUCUCAAGAGGAUGAGACCCAGUGUCUUCCUGUGGAGGUCCAUGAGGUUACCACCCGGCUGUCUCCCUUGGGGAAAGUCCAAGAGGCUGCCACCCAGCUGUCUCCCGUGGGGAAAGGCCAAGAGGCUGCCACCCAGCUGUCUCCCGUGGGGAAAGUCCAAGAGGCUGCCACCCGGCUGUCUCCCAUGGGGAAAAUUCAAGAGGCUGCCACCCGGCUGUCUCUCGUUAGGAAAGUCAAAGAGGCUGCCACCCAGCUGUCCCCCGUGGAGGUCCAUGAGGCUGCCACCCAGCUGUCCCCCGCUCCCGUGGAGGUUGUUGAUGCUGCUACCCAGCAGGCUCCUGUGGAUGUUGCUGAGGCUGCCACCCAGCUGUCCUCCAUGGAGGUCGAUGAUGCUGUCUCCCAGCAGGCUCCUGUGGAGGUCGAUGAUGCUGUCUCCCAGCAGGCUCCCGUGGAGGUUGUUGAUGCUGCUACCCAGCAGGCUCCUGUGGAGGUCCAUGACGCUGCUACUCAGCAGGCUCCCGUGGAGGUCCAUGAGGCUGGUACCCAGCAGGCUCCCGUAGAGGUUGGUGAUACUGCCGAACAGCUGGCUCCUGUGACUGUCUAUGAAGCUCCCAUCCAGCAGACUCAUGUGGAGGCUAGUGAGGCUGCCACUGAGCAGACCUCAGGGGCUGUUCAUCGGGAUGUCGUUCAGGAGGCUGCCACUCAGCAGCAUUCUGUAGAGGCCUCUGAGGCUCUGCCCUAGAAGUUUCCUGAGGUUGUUCUUGAAGGGGGGGACCCAGAGUUCUCCAGUGGAGAGCCAUGA